AUGUUUUCACUGCAACAAAAUGUAAACACAUCUCUCGGCUCCAUCCUAGGCAUUUUGAAAGAGCAACUGGAUUCUGGCCAAUGGCCGAACUGCACCGUUAGAAUGCUAAAUAGCGGUAACUUGACCCUCCAGGACAGUCCCGGGUCUCCUUUUUACCAACAGCCCAGUAACGUGCCUGCGUUUUUUCUUCAAUGCGCGGAUGAAGCGGGACGCAACCUCACAGAAGUCUACUCAUCAUUGAUGAGCACGCUGAUAGAAGAGAGCACCUCACCUCUUGCAAACGGGUCUGCCCCUUCGCUGUUAAUAGGCAAAAAUCCAUUUAGCUCUGCCAUUUUAUUGAUAGCGUUUGCGGUGUGCGCGGUGUGCGCAGGGUCGUGGAUGCUUCUGAUAGUGUUGCUGCUGCUCCCAGCGAACAAUCACAACAGUGGUAAAAAAAUGGUCUACUUAGGUGUCACAUAUUCUGCGAUAUUUCACACAGUUGUGUUGAGCAAAUCAAUGCACUCGAUCUUUGAAAAACAAUACGAGGCUAACUACCAAAACUCCCAGGAGUUCGACGAACAGAUGCUGGAUUCAACACUUUUCAACGUGAUGCUUUUUUUCACCGUCCUGAUCAGCAACUUGAACUGGAUUGACAUUGUCUACUACAUGUUCCAUAACUAUCGCAAAACUCAACGAAAAUGGAUUCCAAGAAUACUCAGCAAUAGAAACAGGCAAAUACUAGCAGUAGGAUUGACGCUGACCGGCAUACAAGCCCUUGUUAUGGGCCUCAGAUUGUGGGCUGCUAGACGAAAUACCGAGUCCCUUGGGAUACUGUUAAGAGUAGUCGACCUUGUCAUUUAUACUGCCUUCACUUUGUCAGUAACGUGUUUCGUAUGGCGCAAUUAUGGGUUCACGCUUCGCCCAAAGACGUUGGACCAACAAUUGUCAUGGUGGGGGCAAUUCAAAGUUUUCUGGAAUGAUUAUCAUGAGCUCGCAUUGUUGCUGGUCUACAAUGCGGCCGUGAUGGCUCUAUUGUAUGGGGUACGGAUUUUUACGAGUGUGAUUUCAAACGAUGUUUGCAAAUGGCUUAAGUGUAUUAUCAUAUUCCUAAACGUCCUGGUGACCGUUAAUACUUGGGGGCUCAUUGGAGUUUUGGAACAACGUGAAAGGACCUUUAGCAAGGAAACUGUUCUGGGGAGAAAGAUCAAUAACAGGGACAGGUUUUUCGUCGAUCCCAACAUCAGCUAUGGAAAUGAUGACUGCCUGAUGGUUGAAGAUGGCUCGAUCAACUCACAAAAUGCGUCUCUCUUGGCGGGGGGAGAGAAAAGUGGUGGCCACAAAGGAGAUUUAAAAUUCAUCACGAAGCCGGCUCGGGCGCUGAAGUCGAAACUAAGGGGUCGUAAAGGGGAUGAAGACGUCAAUAUUGGUUUAUCGAGCUCUCCCAGCUCAAAAGGCGUUGAAAAUGAAACGCCACAAGAGGAUCAAGAGGACCGCAGUUGGCUUCAUGGCGAGCACGAUUGGGCUCAUGACAAUGAAUCUACAGAGACGCUGCUCACUAGAAACUACAUCUUUAACCACGAAGAGGGAUAA